AUGGUCCUGCGGUUACUGGUUGUAGUCCUGUUGAUUGGGAUGUGUUGGGGUAGAUCAAAGAAAAGUUGCUGCUUGAGGAAUGGGGUCAGUGAAGAGUGCGCAACUGCAUUAUGCGAUCCAAACAAUCCACCGGGAGAUGUGGAAAGAUAUAGUUAUUUUGAUGGAACGCAUAAUUGUACAGCUUAUCUCAACGAAAUUUCUGGAUGUUUAACAGAUGGUAGAGACAGUACACAAUGUUGUGCAAGAACGGCUAGAGAUCCAGAAGAACAAGCCUGCUUUGGAAUGUGUGCUGGUGAUGUUUCGCCCAGUGAAACAUAUCGAGAUUUAAUUUCUUGCAUUGCCCUGAAUCUGCCCUCGAUUUAUGAUUGCAUCCUCAAAAGUUAUUCUACCGUACCAACGCAACCUCAAAAUUUGAGGAUUGAGGACAACAUUUUACGCUGGGAAGCGCCGAAAGAAAACGUGUAUUUGGUGGAAAAAUAUAAGGUUCAUGUCACCGAUCUUUCCGUCAAGCAAACGACGGAAAUAAUCAAGGAAACAAAGAAUUUACGCUUCGACCUUUCUACGAUAAAAACGGGGACCAGAUAUACUGUAUAUAUAGUGGCAGAAUCGUCUGGUGGAAGGUCACAGAGUAGUGAGCAAUUAAUGAUGGGUGGAGGACAUGUGGAAGGCCAUACAACACGUGUACUCGCUUCCGCAGGGGCUGCUUCCGUGAUCCUGGGGUGUACUAUAAAAUCCAAGCACGAGCGAGCUUCGAUCGAAUGGGAGCGAAAGAACAAGAAUGGGGAUUGGAAUAAAGUGGAGGGGAUUAGCAAAAAGAUGACCACCUCGAAUUGCACAUCAAUGUGCACAACCAAUCAAAAACGACGACAAAUCCGCCCCGGAGCCUAUCUACCCUACCAUAACUGCAGUGAGGAAAUGCACAAUUUAAUGCAGUGCACGAUUGCUGAAGCGCAAAGCGGUCCUUGUUGUAUAUUUAAAAAAGUUCCCUACCAAUGCCUCGGGUUAUGUGACCGUUCUUUUACCCUGGCUAGCCCGAUGGAGGCGUUCAGCUGCUUAAACUAUUUCAACGAAAUUAUGCACUGCCAUGAGGAAUCGUUUAAGGUAAUGGUCUCGGAUCUUCUACAGCUCUUCGUAAAUUGU